GUUUCUCAAAUUCCAUGUCGCAGUUGAACGUCACAACCACGAGACUCCUCUCACUCCUACCCAACUGCUCCUCCAUCACUCACAUCCAUCAAAUCCAAGCCCAGCUCAUCACCCAAAACCUCCACUCAAUCACUACCGUCGCCUCCACCUUCAUCACCGCCUGUAAAACCCUCGGCCUCCUCCACUUGGCCCACCUUCACUUACUCACCCAGCUCCCAAACCCCCAUGUCUUCACCUGCAACUCCCUCAUCAGAGCCUUCUCUCAUUCCCACAUCCCUCACGUCCCUCUCUCUGUAUACACCCACAUGCGCAAAACCUCCAUUCCUCCCAAUCACUACACAUUUCCUGUUCUUUUCAAGUCCUUGUCCGACGGCCGGGACCUCAGACAAGGCCGAUGCUUGCAUACCCAUGUCGUCAAAUUGGGUCAGUGGUGUGAUAUCUACGUCCAGAACUCGGCUCUGGAUUUGUACGCUUCCUGUGGCCGGAUGGACCUAUGUCGAAAGGUGUUUGAUGAAAUGCCUCAGAGAGAUGUUGUGUCGUGGACCGGUUUGAUUAAGGGGUACCGGAACUUGGGGAAGUAUGACGAUGCGUUGAUUGCUUUCGAGCAGAUGCAGUAUGCGGGUGUGGUGCCGAAUGCUGUGACGAUGGUGAAUGCUUUGGCUGCGUGUGCAAGUUUCGGGGCGCUUGAGAUGGGGGUGUGGAUUCAUGAAUGCAUAAGGAGGGAGGGAUGGGAGUUGGAUGUGAAAUUGGGAACAGCGUUGAUUGAUUUGUAUGGAACAUGUGGGAAAACUGAGGAGGCUUUGGCUGUUUUCGAUACGAUGGAAGAGAAGAACACAUUUACUUGGAAUGCACUGAUCAAGGGGUUUGCUCUUGCCAAGAGCGGCGAGGAGGCAGUUUGGUGGUUUGGGAGAAUGGAACAAGAAGGGUUCGGUGCAGACGAAGUGACUUUGGUGGAACUGCUUUCUGCUUGUAGUCACUCGGGGUUGGUAGAUGUUGGUAGACAAAUUUUUAGUUCCUUGAGCAAUGGCAAGUAUGGAUUUUUGCCGAGCGUCAAGCAUUAUGCUUGUAUGAUUGACCUCUUGGCUCGUGCCGGGUGUCUUGAAGAUGCUUUCAAAUGCUUAAGAGAGAUGCCUUAUGAGCCUAGUAAAGCUAUGAUGGGGUCAUUGCUGGCUGCCGGUAAAACUUAUGGGGACUUGGAGUUGAGCGAGUUUGCAGCUACAAAGCUUGUUGAACUGGAGCCGGGGAAUAGUGCUUACUAUAUCUUGCUGUCGAAUUUGUAUGCCGAGAUGGGUAGAUGGGAUGAUGUUGAGAAAGUGAGGGCCAUGAUGAAAGAGAGAGACCUUAAGAAAGACUUGGGUUGUAGCUCGGCGGAAUGCAAACCCUUUGACCAAGUUGAUCAACUAGUAGCGCAAUAAGUCGGAUUGCAUUUGCAAGCAAAUGCUCAGCUUGUAGCAUGGGUAAAUGGCAAACACAAACUUCAAACACCCAAAAGAAAUUGUCAAAGCAAAUGCAGAAGGCAUCAAAUUUUGCAUUGAAGACAAGAGACAAAAGGUCAAAGGCGUAAAACAACGAGUUAUA